GGGGCUCGGACGCCAGGCCCAGUCCAGCUUUUUCCGUGCUUGUGCGCUCCCGACUUUCCAGGCGCUCCACCUGGCGGAAACAUGGCUCCAGGCCGGUCUUUUGCUUUCCCUGCGCUACUCCUCCCUCUCGCUUUCCUCCUCGUUGUCGGUGAUUAUACAGCUUCCAACACAAUUCAAAAAGAAUCAAUCUCAGAAGCAUGUCUCGGGUGUAUCUGUGAGGCAAUUUCAGGCUGUAACAGCACUCUUCAAUGUGACGGAGAUACUUGUGGGCUGUUCAGAAUAACGUGGGCCUACUACGCCGAUGCCGGCAAACCUGUCCUCCCUGGAGAUAAUCCUGCUGCUCCUGACGCUUACUCCAAGUGUACAACUAACCCCACUUGUGCCGCUCAGACUGUCAUCAAUUACAUGAAUAAAUUUGCUCAG